AUGGCCUCGCGCCCCGGGCCGCCCUCCCCGCUGCUGGUGCGGGUGUCCGAGCCCGGCCUCAACUUACGUCGGAAGCUGCAGGGCUACUUCCAGAGCCGGCAGUCCGGCGGCGGGGAGUGCGAGAUCCAAAGCCUGGGCCCCGGCGCCUUCCGGGUGGAGUUCCUGGAAAGGGCAGCUAAGCAGAGAGUGUUGGAACAAAAAGAGCACCAAAUUGUGGUUGACGACAAACGUGUGAUUAUUUCCCUGGAACCCACUGAAAAUUCAUUAGAGAAGAAUGGAAUGUCUCAAGUGCAAACACAAUCACAAGAAGGGGCAAGGUCUGGUGAGAAGCAUCCAAAUGAGGAACAUAGUCCUAAUUCUGUGGAUUCCUGUGUCCAAAAGAUCUUCCUUACUGUCACAGCUGACCUGAACUGUAACCUGUUCUCUAAAGAGCAGAGGGAACACAUAACCACUCUCUUCCCCAAUGUCAAAAGAAAGGAGGGCCACGAUGGAAUUGAGACAGUGCGUGGUGACUUAAGAGAUAUUGAAAAAAUACAUGACUUCUUGAGCGAGCAACUCCUAAAAAGUGAGCAGAAACAGGAAUCAGCCCCUUUGGCAACAGAGAGGGAGCCACUCCAUCAGCAGGACCAGGGGGACAGCUGUGUUUCUCCCCCUGAACCAAGAGCGAAGUCAGAAGGAAAAAGCAAUUGUUUCAAAGUUCCCUUGCAUUUAUUUAAGUACUUCACAGAUACCUCCCCUGAAAAAAUAAACUCGCUAAAGAAAAAAUAUGGUAUAGAAAUAAAAAUCCAAGAGAGUUCUCCGAAUGAGGUCUCUUUAUACUUCAUCUCAAGUCCAUCUAGUGAUCUCAGAGCAGCUAAAGAUACUUUUGUCAGAGAAUUUCAGGAAAGCAUAGGCAAUAUGGAGCAGAAAUGUGUUGCAUUAGCAGACAAGAAGCAGGCGAAUAAAAUCAAGCAGGGAUUUUCUCACCAACUUAAUGACAUUUCAGCUGCCGGAUAUUUUCUUGCCCCUCAAAUCUCUGAAAGUCGAGUCAAGGUACCUGUGAAAAUAAUAACUCCGACGUGGAUGAAGAAUGGAAUUGAGGUUGACACGGCUCAGUACAAGCUUUUAGAAGCUGAAUUAUUCCAGGAGAUAUCAGAGAUUGAAAAAAAGUACAACACUGAAAGUAAGAUUUUGGGGAAAGGUCAUAAAACCUGCAUUCUAUUUGAACCUAAGGACAAGGAGUUAGAUCUGUCUGUGCAAGCUUAUGAAAAUUUCAUUGAUGCCUAUCAGCAUGUUUCUUGUCAGCUGAUGAGAGAAGUUGUUUCACUGAAAUCUUUGGGCAACGAGAGAAAGGUCUUCUAUGCGAUCAAGUUUGAUGAUAACCUUAGAAAAAGACAUGCAGGUGUAGACUUUGUCGUAAAUCAAGAAUCAGUUACCUUUUUUGGAUUGCCGAAUCACGUAGCAAAGGCUAAACAAUAUGUCUUACAGACAUUAGCUGGAGAGAAAUCGAAUAAGUAUCAUGAAACACCCAUGGACGUUGAUAGUAAUGAUUCAGAAACAUUUUUACCAACAUCCCAGCCCUCUGCCAGUUCUGGGGCGUCAGGAAUGAACGAGGAAGAGGAUAUCUGUAGCAUCUGUUUGGAGCCCAUUAAUAACAAGCUAGUUCUACCAAAGUGCAAGCACGAAUUCUGCACCCCUUGUAUCAACAGCUACAUGACAUAUAAGCCAGUCUGCCCUUUGUGCCAGACUGUUUAUGGUGUCCUAAAAGGGAAUCAGCCAGAAGGAACGAUGACUGUCCAUUACACCAGAGAUUCACUUCCAGGUUAUGAAACCUAUGGCUCCAUCGUGAUUGAUUAUAAUAUGAGAGGAGGCACACAAACAGAAGAGCACCCACGCCCAGGAAUGAAUUAUUCUGGAACACAUCGAACUGCAUUCUUGCCUGAUAACAAGGAAGGAAAGGAGGUUUUGACACUGCUUCGAAAGGCCUUUGACCAAAAGCUAAUUUUCACAGUGGGGGAUUCUCGAGUUACAGGAGCUACAAAUGUCACUACAUGGAAUGAUAUCCACCACAAAACCUCCAGGAGUGGGGGACCAGCAAACUAUGGCUAUCCUGAUCCUGAUUAUCUGAAACGUGUCAAGAAGGAGCUGAAAGAUAAAGGAAUUGAGUAA